GUCUCGAGGAAGGCGCAAACUGUCACUGAGCCACUUGAGAACGGUGAAGAUGUACAUACCAUUUCUGUCGGAAAUCUAAAUAAACAAAGAUAUAUAUUGGUUUAUCGGGGAGAUAUGGACGGAUUAUGGAAAUAACUUUCAAAUGAAUCCAUAGGAUGAGUUAAUAAACGGAAAACGGAGUUAUAUUUUUUGGGGGAGAAGGAAAAGUGAUGCUGAUGCUGAGUGCCUACAGGAAGGUUCUGCUGUGUGAUGCUGCGUGAGUCAGAGCUCGGCUUUCUCUCUGUGACAAGGUGUGAGCCACUAGACCUGAACUAAAGGGCUAAAGGGAAUCUACAAAAAAAAGAAGAGUUUGUCCUCUCAGGCUGAGAAGAGCGGACGAGCAGAACGAGAGCAGCAUGCAGGACCGAGCGUAGCCGAGCUAGGAGACGAAUCCAUGCAGGACAAGAAGAAGCAGGACUCGGGAGGAUGUCGACAGAGGAAGAAACACAAGCAAGCAUCAAAGCCAGCGUGAGACGGGAGUCCAGGAGGAAAGGUCAGAACCGGAGCGAGCAGGCUCUGAUAAAGCGUUUCCGUGGCGAUGGGGUGCGCUACAAAGCCAAGCUGAUUGGGAUUGACGACGUGUCUGCGGCACGUGGAGAUAAACUCUGCCAGGACUCCAUGAUGAAGCUGAAGGGUAUCGCUGCUUCAGCUCGAUCCAAAGGAGAACACAAGCAGCGGGUUUUCUUAACCGUCUCCUUCAACGGCAUUAAGAUCUAUGACGAGAGAUCUGGGGUAUUACAGCAUCACCAUUCUGUGCAUGAAAUCUCCUACAUCGCCAAAGAUACCAGAGACCACCGUGCCUUCGGCUACGUCUGCGGGAAAGAAGGAAACCACAAGUUUGUGGCCAUCAAGACAGUACAUUCAGCAGAGCCUUUAAUUCUGGAGCUGCGCGACCUCUUUACACUCAUCUACGACCUGAGGCAGAGGGAUGAAGGGGAGAAGAAGGCACAAAAAGUAAAGCACUGCGAGCAGGCUGUUUAUCAGACGAUCCUCGAGGAUGACACUGAUGACCCUGUGUAUCAGUACAUUGUAUUUGAAGCUGGACACGAGCCACUCCAUGGCCCCCAAUCAGAGGAGAGCAUUUAUCAGGUCCCAACGAGCCAGCAGAAAGAAGGAGUCUAUGAUGUUCCAAAACGCCAUUUUAUGACUAACAUCAGUCAGUUGGAACUGUUCGGUGACAUGGCCACCCCUCCAGACAUUGUAUCUAUGCCUGCAUCUCCUGCUAAUACUCUGGACCCCGGGCGACGAAGACACCAGCGCCGCCCUGAACUCUUUACACACUUCAGCCCCCCAGCUGUGCCUUCAGGCUACAUGACGAUGGGUGCAGUGCCGACAGCUCACUGGGCUCAGCAGUCCUUCGCAACUCCGACAGCUCCACUGGCGUUUGGUGUUCAGGCUCCUCUGCAGGUUGCUCAAGUUCUUCCUGGAGGGCAGCCAGUGAUCUGGGGCCAGGCCAACCUUUUCCACUCUCCUGGCCCGGGCCAGCAACAGUGGGCCUUCGUACCAGCCGGGGCCUUAUUUCAAGGACUUGUUCCUUUAGCGGCCAUGCGUCCUCGCAUGUCUACCCCGUCUGCACCAUCCUCAACCAUCACCAGCCCCCAGCAUGCAGCUGAAUCCAGAGACGCCCCAAGCAGUAUCCCUUUGGCAGAGGCAUCAGGCUCACACUCACAGCCUGCUGACACCACUGACCCACAUACGGUAAUGGGAGGAGCCACACAGCCUGGGGAGAAGCAGGAAACUGAGGUCUGUAGUCCAGAUCUUGAUCUUUCCCAGCUGAGUUUGACGCCGGGGUCAUCGACAUCACCAUCCACUGCAGACUCUCCUGCUACACCUGCUUCCCAGGAGGGCGACAUGACUUUGACCUCGACCUCAGAACUCCCUGAGGAGCUCUCUGUCAUGAGAACAGAGAACAACGAGAGCCAACUUAGAGAGCCUUCUCCCACAGGAAAAGCAGAACAGAGCAUCAGCCAAGAUGUGGCAGAGGAAUCGGAAGAUUCGUCCUGUUAUUCCGUCAAUUUUGUCUUUCGUCUCGUCCCUUGUCCAUUAACUACGAUGAUUCUCAACACCGCAGCACUUCACGCUUUAGUCUUAUGUGCGGUGGUUGUAGUGUGUCGAUCCCAGUCAAAACCUCCACUCAACCCUGUGGAAUGCUCCCUGUCCGAGUGGACACAAUGGACCCGCUGUGACCCCUGCCUGAAAAAGAGGUUCCGCUCUGCCAAGGUGCUGCAGCCAUCUCAGUUUGGUGGAGAGCCGUGUCAUGAGCUCGGUCGUGAAGAAGAGUCCUGUACGCCGCCACCACGCUACUCGUGCCGCAGUUCUGUGCCACUCUGCCAGGGCUUCCAGUGUCUAAGAACAGGUCGUUGUGUGCCGGAGGGGCUGCGCUGUAAUGGGGACGAUGACUGUGGUGACAGUUCUGAUGAGCUCAACUGUAUAAAAGUGUUCAAAGCCUGCAACCAGCCAACUGAAGAAUACUACGGCAUCGAGAACCUCGGCAAAGGGAUUAAUGUGCUGAACAGUAACUUGGGGGGGGUGGUGCUGGAUAAUCGCUACUAUGCUGGUGGCUGUUUGCCCCAUUUUAUCCAGGAUGUGCGCUACAGAAAACCAUACAACAUCCAGCAAUACACUUUGGAGACAAAAGGCUCCUACAAUUACAAGAUGGAAACUUUUGAGUCAUACCAAGAGUUCUCAGAACACACCAUGAAGGGUACCAUGUCAAGGACCACCGUCUCCUUCAGCUUUGCCGUUCCUGGAGUCUUCCACAUUGGAUUUAACUAUGAUGAAAGCAAGUACAAGAAAUCUGUGCAGAAGCUAAGCAGUUAUGCUGGGAAGACAAACAGCUUUGUCCAUGCACAUGUUCAGCUCGAGGUAGCACGCUAUGCCCUUAAGGUGGACAACUUGAUGCUGCACCCAGAGUUCCUGUCACGCCUGCGAGCUCUCCCGCUCGAAUACACGUACGGCGAGUACCGGGAUCUGUUCAGCGACUACGGCACACACUACAUCACAGAGGCCACGCUCGGGGGAAUUUUCGACCAUACCCUCAUCCUCAACAAGGAAAACAUCAAGAAUUCUAAGUACUCUCUAAAUGAUGCCAAGUCAUGCCUGCAGGUAGGCUUUACAAUCGGAGGCAACAUCAAGGGUGUGUACGUGUCAGCAGGGGCUCAGGGCGGAACCUGUGAGGGCCUGCUGAAAGAGUUGGGAGAUUCUGAGGACCGCAAUUCCCUUGUGGAGGAUUACGUGUCCGUGGUCAGAGGAGGAGACAGCGAGACAGUCUCGAGUCUGUCUGCCAAGCAGCUCCCCACGCCGGACAUUAUGCAGCUGUGGGGGGAAGCCGUCCAUCACAACCCUGACUUCGUCAGCACUAAGAUGGCACCACUUUAUGAACUAGUGACAGGAAAGGAUUUCACCAACGCCAACAUGCUGAAAAAGAACCUGAAGCGUGCUCUGAUGGAGUUCCUGAGCGAGAGCGACUCAUGCCGCUGCACUCCCUGCCUCAACAACGGAGUGGCUGUGCUUAAAGGUACACGGUGUGAAUGUGUCUGUCCUAAUGGCUUCAGAGGGCUGAGUUGUGAAGACACGAAACGAUCAGGAAUGCCAGUGGACGGAAGCUGGAGCUGCUGGUCUGAAUGGUCAGCUUGCAAUGGUCAGACCAAAAAGCGGACUCGUCAUUGCAACAAUCCAGCACCGCAAAAUGGCGGAAGUUCCUGUCGAGGGAAACAGGAAGACUCCACCAACUGCUUUUAAGUACACAACUAAAGACAAGAGACAACACUGAUUAGAUAUCCUGAUCAGAAUAUUUAUGUCUUGCAAAAUAAUCGAAAUGACAUCACUUAUAUGAAAUGAAUCCAUCUAUUCAUGAAAAAAAUCAUCAUGUCCUGCAUUUUUAUGUGCACAAUAAA